AGACUUCACGUGAACUGCUGUCAAGAUGUUUCUCCUGUAUAGAGCAGUCUGCGCCUCCCCCUAUAAAUAGUUGAAGGCAGACAGUGAGCUUACCAAAGUUCCAGAGCAACCCCAGCCUCCCUCCAGCUCUCUGUCCACUCAGCCAAACAGGCGCUAUCUUUCUGGCUUUACGAUGGAUCCCCAAAUGCUCUGAAACUUCAGGACAGAUCGGUUUAUUGAAAAGGAAGUUGAACAUUUUAACAUCCUCUUAAUUUGGUCAGAGAGAAUCUUCAGAACUCCUUCGUAACACAGGCAAACUCUGCAGGUGUGAACUCUUCUUAAAGACAGACCAUGGUGAAAUCUCAGGAUAUAGUGGUAUUACUGGUGUAUAUGUGGUUCCCCUCCUGUUUGUGCCAGACAUCCUCUCCUCAACAUGACCAGCUAAAAUUCCGUCUGGCUGGCUACCCACGUAAACAUAACGAGGGCAGAGUGGAGGUCUUCUAUAACGGCGAGUGGGGCACUAUCUGUGAUGAUGACUUCACUCUCUCUAACGCACAUGUGUUGUGCCGCCAUCUGGGUUUUGUGGAGGCCCUCAGCUGGUCACAUAGUGCCAAGUAUGGAGCAGGCACAGGUAAGAUCUGGCUGGAUAAUGUGAUAUGCUCAGGCUCGGAGAAGAGCAUUGAGAAAUGUCUGUCUCGAGGCUGGGGUAACAGUGAUUGCACUCAUGAGGAGGAUGCAGGGGUUGUCUGUAAAGACGAGAGGCUGCCUGGCUUCCUGGACUCCAACAUCAUUGAGAUGCAGGUGGAUGAGAACAGGAUGGAGGAGAUCCGCUUGCGCCCCCUUUCUGCUGCCCAUGGUGCCCGAAUGCCUGUUACUGAGGGCGUAGUGGAGGUGAAGUAUAAAGAGGGCUGGAGUCAAAUCUGCAACAUUGGCUGGACCGUCAAAAACUCACGUGUGGUCUGUGGCAUGAUGGGAUUCCCUUCAGAGAGGAUUACCGGAAAGAAGCCACACAGUCACCGUAGCAUGUACAAAAUUCACUCUGUGGCCUGCACUGGGAAUGAGGCUCAUCUCUCCGCUUGCACUAUGGAGUUCAGUAAGAACACCAGCGCCCCCUGCAUUGGUGGAGGACCUGUUGUUGUCAGCUGUGUGCCUGGGCCCCAGUUCACUCAAGGUCGUGGACGCAAGAGCAAGCUAAAUCAUGUGACUAAGGUACGUCUGAAGGGAGGAGCAAGGGCUGGCGAGGGCCGAGUGGAGGUGCUGAAAGGCUCUGAAUGGGGCACGGUGUGUGAUGACCUCUGGAACCUGGAGUCAGCCAGUGUGGUGUGCAGGGAGCUGGGCUUUGGUACAGCUAAAGAAGCGCUAACCGGGGCACGCAUGGGUCAAGGCAUGGGUCCCAUCUACAUGAAUGAGGUGCAGUGUCGUGGAGAUGAGAAGAGCUUGUGGAAAUGUCCACAUAAGAGCAUCACUGCUAAGGACUGCAAACACAUGGAGGAUGCCUCUGUCAAGUGCAACAUCCCUUGCAUGGGCUUUGAAAAAACGAUCCGGCUGACCGGGGGGCGUACACAGUUGGAAGGGCGUGUGGAGCUCCUGGCCCCUAAUGCCAGUGUUUUAGGGCAGUGGGGGCUGAUCUGUGGGGACGGCUGGACCUCUCGAGAGGCCAUGGUUGCCUGCAGGCAGUUGGGGCUUGGAUAUGCUAGCAGCGGCCUCAGCAUCCGUAUAGUCGGGGGCAGGACGGAUUACGAGGGCAGAGUGGAGGUUCAGGUUGGGUCCCGAUGGGGCACUUUGUGCAGUGAUGGGUGGAGCACUAGAGAGGCCAUGGUGGCGUGCGGACAGCUAGGCCUUGGCUACGCCCUGCAUGCAAUCACAGAAACGUGGUACUGGGACAGCAGUAAUGUGACUGAGAUGGUGAUGAGUGGGGUGAAGUGUCGGGGAGAUGAGAUGACUCUAAGUGACUGUCAGCACCAUCAGGUCGUCAGCUGUAAGAGGGCAGGACCUCAGUUUGCUGCAGGAAUUAUCUGCUCAGACUCUGCAUCAGACAUGGUCCUGAAUGCCCCUCUGGUGGAGCGGAGUGUCUACAUCGAAGACCGGCCCCUGCAUUUGCUCUACUGUGCGGCGGAAGAGAACUGCCUUUCUAAAUCUGCUGUCAGAGCCAACUGGCCUUAUGGCCAUCGCCGCCUUCUCCGCUUCUCCUCUGAGAUCCACAAUGUUGGACGAGCUGACUUCCGGCCCCGUUUGGGCCGUCACUCCUGGGUGUGGCAUGAAUGCCAUAGGCACUAUCAUAGUAUGGAUAUCUUUACCCACUACGACCUGCUGGAUCUCAAUGGCACUAAAGUGGCAGAUGGUCACAAAGCCAGCUUCUGUCUGGAGGACACGGAGUGCCAUGAGGGUAUUUCAAAGCGAUAUGAGUGUGCCAACUUUGGGGAGCAGGGCAUCACAGUUGGCUGCUGGGACACCUACAGACAUGACAUUGACUGCCAGUGGAUUGACAUCACUGAUGUUAAACCAGGCAACUACAUACUACAGGUUAUAAUAAAUCCCAACUUCGAGGUCGCAGAGAGUGACUUCACCAAUAAUGCCAUGCGCUGCAACUGCAAAUAUGACGGCAAUAGAGUCUGGUUGCAUAAAUGCCAUCUAGGUGACUCAUACAGCGAGGAGGCAGAAAAGCAGUUUGAACUUUAUCCCGGUCAGCUGAAUAAUCAGAUCUCAUAACACAAAUAGCCCAUAACUGGAACUGCCUUAAGCCACUUUGGAAAACGAGCAGCUUUAUAAUACAUAUACUUUUAUUUAUUCUUAUUGUAAACCAAGUACUGAUUAGAAAUGUCUCCUUGUCUACUCCUCUACCAAGAGGUGUCUCUGGGUGCUUUAAAUCAACACAGACAACUGACCAGCUAAUAAAAAGCAUUGUGGGAGUCUGUAUCAUUGAUUACAUCUACCCCAGCUAUGUUGGGGAAAGGAUCUUAGAUUAGCCCUUUGUCUGUUUGAAUAAAAGGAAAGGGCUAAAGGGAAAUGCACAAGAGAGCACUUCCUCAUGCAUGAGCCUGACCAGUUACAGCUUUGUUUCAACUGACAGAAUAGUCAGGUUUCUUACUGGAGAAAUCAGGUUAAAUCCCUAUUAAGAAUGUCUUCUUAAUGUUUUAUUUUUUAAAUGAUAAUAAUGUAAUGAAUGCAAUAUAAAUGUUGAUAAAAAAAAUGUGUAUUUUCAACAGUG